AUGUUCGCAAGUCUUGCCUCGGCUGAACGGAACAACGGACUGCCUCAUCGAAUGGCCUCGGAGGGCUCGGACAAUCCGGCCACGAGGACUCGAGACGCCGGCAAUCUCGGCCUUCCAACCGACCGGACUCAUUCGCCGACCGGACUCUCAUCAGCCGCCGGACGUCUGAGCGAACUGUCCAGUUCGCUUUUGUCUGGUGAGCUGUUACGAAAGCGCAUCUUCGAGUGGUGGCUUCAAGCGCUCCGCCCGCGUACCGACAGAUCCGGCCAGCUGGAGGCUGAUCUGGCAGAGGCAGCGGGUCUAGUCAACUUGACGACGGGAUCACGUAAGCGGACUCAAACGGUCUGCGCCAGCCACUUGGCCGCCCUGUCGCCCUCCUCUUCAGGCGAAACGUCUCGUAGGCUACGCUCGCCUAUCAGGAAUUUCGUCAUGGAAACCCCGAAUGGUGCCACUUCUCCCAAUGCUCCCUUGAGACACUUGACCAAAGAGGCUGAACUCAUUCAUUCGGGUGGAUAUGGCGAAGAGGCCAUGCGGAAAAGGGCAAAAAUGGACUUUGUGGAUGUCUUGAAGAAGCCUGUGACGCCAACAGAAGCAAAGAAUGCCAAAGAUGCAUUCAACGUCAAGUUGCCAAAUGAAGUGACACCCGUCAACUUGUCGUGGCGGUCUCCGCUUCGGCAACAUGAAGUACUGCAGUCAAGACAAUCGCCACUUGCGCAUGUUGCAGACAGCCAUCCGCGUGGAAAAGAACAGCAAGAAAGUCCGAUAGAUCUAUCACUGUCGACCUCCGGGACUCCCGAUCAAGACGAAGCCGGCGAAAUCGGCACGAGAGAUUUCCUCCCUAAAAUCAGUUCAGCGUGGGUUAUAUUCGUUUAUAAACAUUAUGCUACUUAUAGUAACAUAUAA